AUGAUCAUCCUGCCCCGGCGGGUCGGGUCGACCCGACCCGACCCGGGUUUUGACCCGGAUGCAUGCUGGGCGUAUGCGGUGGUGGCGAGUGUGGAGGCUGCGUACGGCAUCGCAUUGAAUCAAGCUGCUCCCCAGCUGUCAGUGGAGUCACUCUUUGCAGCCAUGGGGCUCACCGAUGCAGACAAGUGCACCGCUGGAGGCUCCCCCACUUCAGCCUUUGAGAAGCUCGUCACUCUUGAUGCCAGCAAUGGGCUCACAGGAGUCAAUGACCUGGGAACAAGCUACCCGGUGGCAGCAUUUGAGCGGGCGCUCUUCAAGGGGUACUUCGGGCUCAUGCUGGCAGUGCGGCGCCAGCCAGUGGUGGUUCACAUCGAGGCUUCGGCCGGCACGUUCUUCCAGUAUGAUGGGGACCCUGCGUGCUACACGGGCAAUCUGAACCAUGUGGUGCUCGUCGUUGGCUACUUCAUCAAUCGAGACGACGGCAGCCAGAGACGCAUCUCACCUCCAUUUUGGGUCAUCCGCAACUCGUGGGGGGUGGAGUGGGGAGACAAAGGCCACAUGCGCAUGGGCAUUCAGGGAGGGGAUGGCGUGUGUGGCAUCAACGUGCUGCCUGGCAUCUACCCCGUUGUCAAGAACCAGAUUGGCAUUGAGCCAGCCAUGUGUGGAGUGCAGGAGGUGGGGAUAGCGUUAGCAGCUUCCAUCAGCAAAACUUCUGGCACAAUGGCUGCUGGGUGGGGGCAAUGCCGCGAGGACCCGGUAGGCGUGGAUGAAGAAGCUGGCUGGGAAGCCGUGCUCUCCUUCUAG